CGCCAACAUGGCUGACGCCGGCCGGCCGCCGGGCCGCCCGCCCACAUGUGGGAUAUAAGGCCAAAAAUGACAGCUCAGAAUGAGCCUAAAGAAGAGCCAACCUGUGUAGUAGUUAUGGAAAGAUUUAUGAGGGAGGAUUCCUGUUCCUGCAUUCUAGGUAACAGCUGGGAUUCUGAGAACCAAGAGAAACAUUUGAGGCAAUCUCCUUUAACUCAAAAUAAUAGAGGGGCUCAGGAAUCAACUUGUGAAUAUCUUGGUUUUGGGGAGCAUUUGAGUGUAAGCUCAGGUCUUCUAUCAACUCAGAGAGUUCCUACAACAAAUGGCUUCUAUGUUCCUAAGUCAGAUGUUAAAAUUUUAGAUUGUGACCAAUCCUUACACAGUUUUUCCCAAAGUUACAUAGCCCAGAGAACUGCUGAACAUGAUUGUGGAAAAGCCUUCCACCUUUCCAUGGAAACUCUACAACUUAGAAGAAAUCAAAUGAGAGACAAAUCCUAUAAAUAUAUUGAAGGUGCUAAGUCUUUCAACCAUUGUACCACCCUUGGCAAUCAAAAAAUAAUGAAACAAGGCAAGAAACUUUACAAAAGUAAGGACUCUGAGGACAUCUUUGCUCUGAGCUCCUCUCCUGAUGAAAACAGGAGUCACCCCAUUGAGAAGCCAUAUAAAUGUGGUCAGUGUGGCAAAUACUUCAAAAGGAACUCUUCUCUUGUUCUGCAUCACCGGACUCACACUGGAGAGAAACCUUAUACCUGUAAUGAGUGUGGAAAAUCCUUUUCUAAGAACUACAAUCUAAUUGUACAUCAGAGGAUCCACACAGGAGAGAAGCCCUAUAAAUGUAGUAAAUGUGGAAAAGCUUUUAGUGACGGGUCUGCUCUGACACAACACCAGAGGAUCCACACGGGGGAAAAACCUUAUGAAUGUCUAGAAUGUGGAAAAACUUUCAACCGAAAUUCAUCCCUGAUUUUGCAUCAAAGAACUCAUACUGGAGAAAAACCAUAUCGAUGUAAUGAGUGUGGGAAACCCUUUACAGACAUAUCCCACCUCACCGUGCACCUCAGAAUCCACACUGGAGAGAAGCCUUAUGAGUGUUCCAGAUGUGGAAAGGCUUUCCGGGAUGGGUCAUACCUCACACAGCACGAGAGGACUCACACUGGAGAGAAGCCCUUUGAAUGUAUGCAGUGUGGGAAAUCAUUCAAUCGCAACUCUCACCUCAUUGUACAUCAAAAAAUCCAUUCUGGAGAAAAACCCUAUGAAUGUAAAGAAUGCGGGAAAACAUUCAUUGAGAGUGCCUAUCUCAUCAGACACCAGAGAAUUCACACAGGUGAGAAGCCCUUUGGCUGUAACCAAUGUCAUAAAGUGUUUAGGAACAUUGCUGGUCUCAUCCGGCACCAAAGGACUCACACUGGUGAGAAACCCUAUGAGUGUAAUCAGUGUGGCAGAGCCUUCAGGGACAGCUCCUGCCUGACCAAGCACCAGAGAAUUCACACUAAGGAGACUCCUUACCAGUGUGUGCAGUGCGGGAAGUCCUUCAAGCAGAAUUCUCACCUGACAGUACAUCAGAGGAUUCACAACCAAGAGGGUCCAAGACAGUGUCCUCAGUGUGGGAAAAUGUUCAGAAGGAACUCGUCCCUUGUUCGGCAUCAGAGAAUGCACCGUGAAGAGCAGCCCAUGGGAACAAAAUGAAUGUGGGCCAUAAACACCUGGCUGCAGGCUCUGUGUCUUCAGAUGCUAGUGACUCUUCCUUCUCACCGGAAAGGAACCCUUCAGGCUAUGGAGAGGACUGAUGAUUGAGACAUUCUGUAGCAUGAUUAAAUCUAUCAUUAGGGAACUCCUGGAGACAACAGUAGAUGAUGAUAAUUGUGGAAAAGGCUUCAGGGAUGAUUCAGCCUCUACCAGACACGAUAGUGCAAACACUGGAAUAAGGCCUAGAAUGUGGGGAAGAUGCUUGCCUGGAGAUAUCUACCAACCUUAAUACAAGGAUGCUUGAACUGGAAAGAACCUAUGUAGGCAUUGAGUAAGUACUUAGUUGAAUCCUUUAAUUGUGAGUAUCCAGCUUGUACAUAAGCAAACACUGAAUCACAUCUGGUAAGUAUAAUCAGGAAGAGAAUCUUAAGCAGGAGCUCUUACUAUCAGCAAAGACAUAUUGGUGAGAGGUUUAGCACAGGGCUCCACUCUACAGAAACCACAGGAUGAUAACUCGAAUGCUGUUUGAAUGAGUUUCCAUGUUACAGUUCUGUCAGAACACCAAGGACUCAUUUUUAAAUGGAAAGUGCAUAAAAAGUUGUUUGAGAAUGAACACUGAAGUUGUUCCUCUUAAGGCUAAAAGGAAAAAGGCUUCUAAGGGAAAAAAAAUCAUUGCUUUAGCUGUUGAAAAAUAGUUAACUUUAUUUCCCCUACCAUCAUUGUUCAUUUAGGGUACUUUUCUUAAAAAUUCAACCACUCUGAAUCAUGUUUAUAAAAGUUUUGCAGCAAAAAUGAGGCAUAAGAGUAAUUGUCAUUACAAGCAUGGAAAGAUAUGUGCACACAUGGAUGUAGUUUAGAAGUGGAUGAUAGAGAAAUAAAUAAGUGAACUAUUAGGGAACUACAA